AUGCCCCCCAAGCAAGAGUCUGCGGCAAAUCCUUCCGAAGACAACCAAGCCUCGAAGAGCCCUUCUGCUGAGGUUGAAGAGACCGGUGAUGUCGCUGAGAAUUCAGCCUCGCAAUCUCAAGAACCCGAUCAGGAAACCCCUUCAGAAGGGCCGUUGGCAGACGGAAAAGAUGAUGACGCUGCGGCGAAAGCUCGUCAAAGAGCGGAACGAUUCAAAGCUCUCAAAGCUCGCGCAAAAUCCGGCGCCGAGCGCAACUUGAAAGAGACCGCCGCAGAGACGCAACGCCUAGCCACCGAUCCAUCGCUGCUGUCAUCGGUAUCUCGCAAGCAUGCGUUUGCAUCCCACAACCUAUUGAAGGCUGAUACGGAGGCCGCUGGAGAGGAUUUUGAGCGGAAGCGUGCAUGGGACUGGACAGUGGAUGAGUCUGAGAAGUGGGAUAAGCGGAUGGACAAGAAACAACGUCAUCGGGAUGAUGUCGCAUUUAAGGACUACACUCAAGAUGCACGAAAAGUGUACAAGAGACAGCUGCGGGAGCUGAAACCCAACCUGGAGGCAUAUGAGAGGGAGAAGAUGUCCGCCAUCGAGAAAGCCGCUGCUAACGGUGACCUUGAGAUUGUGGAAACCAACGAUGGUGAGAUGAUUGCUGUCGAUAAGAACGGUUCAUUUUACUCUACAGCAGACAGUGUUGGGUUUACUGAGAACAAGCCCGAUCGAGCUGCCGUCGACAGACUCGUGGGAGACCUGAAGAAGGCCGAAGAGGUCCGCCUCAAGAAACGCAGGGACCGUCGCGGCGACGACGACGGUGAUGUCACGUACAUCAACGAGAAGAACAAGCAGUUCAACCAGAAAUUGGGGCGCUUUUAUAACAAGUACACUACGGAAAUUCGUGACAGUUUUGAACGCGGUACCAUGAUAUGA